UACCCACGAUACUAUGCGCAGCAGCACAGCGCGCUCGCCGGGCCUACCAGGUGUCGCAUGCUUACUCGGCGGCCGGCGCCCAGAUUCUGCGUCAUCACCUGGGCGGGGCAGUGCCGCCGCUGACGCCAUCAGCUCGGCACCUGCCAACAUGGAAGGUGGCGACGGCGGCGUCGCUGUGGCGGGCCUGGGGUCUCUGGGUUCUGGAGGGGCUGCGGCGACGGUACGGGAGCUUCUGCAGGACGAGUGUUACAGUGACUUUUUAAAUGAAGACUUUGAUGUAAAGACUUAUACUUCUCAAUCUAUUCAUCAAGCUGUAAUUGCUGAACAACUAGCAAAACUGGCCCAAGGAAUCAGUCAGUUGGAUAAAGAACUACACUUACAGGUUGUUGCAAGACAUGAAGAUUUACUGGCACAAGCCACUGGGAUUGAGUCUUUGGAAGGUGUUCUUCAGAUGAUGCAGACGAGAAUUGGGGCUUUACAGGGAGCUGUUGAUAGGAUGAAAGCAAAAAUUGUUGAGCCAUAUAAUAAAAUAGUAGCCCGUACUGCACAACUAGCAAGACUUCAGGUUGCCUGUGAUUUGCUUCGGAGGAUUAUUCGCAUCUUGUAUCUCAGUAAGAGACUCCAAGGACAAUUGCAAGGAGGAAGUAGAGAGAUAACAAAAGCAGCUCAGAGUCUCAAUGAACUUGAUUAUCUUUCUCAAGGAAUAGAUCUUUCUGGAAUAGAAGUAAUAGAAAAUGAUCUACUUUUUAUUGCAAGAGCUCGACUUGAAGUGGAAAAUCAAGCUAAAAGGCUGCUGGAGCAGGGUGUAGAGACUCAGAAUCCAACUCAAGUUGGAACAGCUCUUCAGGUUUUCCAUAAUCUUGGAACUUUGAAGGAUACUGUUACCAGUGUUGUGGAUGGAUAUUGUGCUACUUUAGAAGAAAAUAUCAACAAUACAUUAGACAUCAAAGUAUUGACUCAGCCUUCUCAGUCAGCUGUGAGAGGGGGUCCUGGACGAUCUACUAUGCCAACCCCAGGAAAUACUGCAGCUUUUCGUGCUUCCCUUUGGACCAAUAUGGAGAAACUUAUGGAUCAUAUAUGUGCUGUUUGUGGACAGGUGCAACAUCUACAAAAGGUACUAACCAAAAAGAGAGAUCCUGUUUCUCACAUUUGUUUCAUUGAAGAAAUAGUUAAGGAUGGGCAGCCUGACAUUUUAUACACAUUUUGGAAUUCAGUUACUCAGGCACUUUCUUCUCAAUUUCAUACAGCAACAAAUUCAUCUAUGUUUUUGAAACAGGCCUUCGAAGGAGAAUAUCCUAAACUAUUACGCCUUUACAAUGAUUUAUGGAAGCGUCUUCAACAGUAUAGUCAAAAUAUCCAAGGGAAUUUUAAUACAAGUGGAACUACGGACCUCUAUGUUGAGGUACAAAACAUGGAUGAUGAUAAACAAGAUAUAUUCAUACCAAAAAAGCCGGAUUAUGAUGAACUAAAUGUAGCUGCUGUUGAUGCAAACCUCACAUUAGCUGUGUCAAAAAAUGUGGCCAAGACCAUCCAGUUAUAUGGUGUAAAAUCGGAGCAGCUUCUGUCCACACAAGGAGAUGCAAGUCAGGUGAUCGGGCCUCUUACUGAAGGGCAGAAAAGAAACGUAGCAGUGGUGAAUUCAUUGUAUAAGCUGCACCAGUCAAUAACAAAGGUAGUUUCCAGUCAGAGCUCAUUUCCACCAGCUGCUGAGCAAACUAUAAUUUCAGCCCUAAAGGCGAUUCAUGCUCUCAUGGGGAGUGCUGUGCAGCCUUUACUGACUUCGGUGGGAGAUGCUAUCGAGGCCAUAAUCAUCACCAUGCAUCAAGAAGAUUUUUCUGGGUCAUUAUCCAGCUCAGGAAAGCCCGAUACUCCUUGUUCUCUGUACAUGAAGGAGCUCCAAGGUUUCAUUGCCAGAGUUAUGAAUGACUACUUUAAACAGUUUGAAUGCUCGGAUUUUGUCUUUGACAACACCGAAGCUAUUGCCCAAAGAGCAAUUGAACUUUUUAUCCGCAAUGCCAGUCUUAUAAGGCCUCUUGGUGAAGGUGGGAAAAUGCGACUUGCUGCUGAUUUUGCACAGAUGGAGUUGGCUGUGGGUCCAUUUUGCAGACGAGUAUCUGAUUUAGGAAAGUCUUACCGAAUGCUGAGGUCAUUCAGACCGCUGCUCUUCCAGACAAGCGAACACGUGGCCAACAGCCCCACGCUGGGGGAGAUCAUCCCCUUCAGUGUCAUCCUGCAGUUUCUGUUCACCAGAGCGCCCGCGGAGCUGAAGUCCCCCUUCCAGAGGGCCGAGUGGUCGCACGCGCGCUUCUCCCAGUGGCUGGACGACCACCCGUGUGAGAAGGACCGGCUCCUCCUGAUCAGAGGAGCCCUGGAAGCUUAUGUUCAGUCAGUGAGAAGCAGAGAAGGCAAAGAAUUCGCACCAGUGUACCCCAUCAUGCUUCAGCUGCUUCAGAAGGCGAUGUCUGCUCUUCAGUAGCAGCGUGCAAUCUGUUCGUCUCCAUGUGGCGCUGGCUGCUUACCAAGAAUUGAAAUCAUAAUGGACCUUUCCUAUUGAUCUUCUGUAGCACGUCUACUUUUAGUAGCAUGAAAUGUCAGAGUAGGUUCAUCACCACCACCUUUAAACCCCACAGGCCUGAUUCUUCCCACAAGACGUCCAACAUUUUCCUCCUCUUGCCGAUUUUUGUACAUGGCUGGCUAAGUUACAGAACAGGUCUUCUGCCCCAGCCUGCACCUCCUUCAGGUGUAUGGCUAGUGGUUCUUAAGUUUGCCUGCACUUACAUCACCAGCAAAGCUUUUGAAAAUCCUAAUGCCCAUGCUAUAUGCUCAACACAUCUUGGGCAAGCAGUGAGGCGUUGAUGUUUUAAAAAUAUCUCCAAAUAGAAACUACAGUGUGCAGCGGUUUGGUUAGCCGCUGGUGCAUCCUAGUGCUAAGACAGGGCUGAGUGCUCCUUAAAUGGUACACGGUACCCUAAAGAAGAGUUAAAUAAAGCUUUAUACAUUGUCACUUUAUUAGUAGGUACUGGGCGGGCUGUUCAGCAACAGUAAUCUAAGCCUUAUUUUUCUAAGCUCUUGUCCAUUAACUUUAAAAUCAAAACAUGUCUUCUGAGAGUUAGGACUUUGUUAUCUCCUCAUCCCACUGUUCUGAUAAUUCAUACAUAAAAUUCAAUCGAGAUCAAUCAGAAGUCAGAGAUAAACUUUUUUUCAUUUUAUUUGAAAUAAUAUACAAGAAUAUAGUGUGCAAAAUUGAGGGGCAACAUCAUGAAGUGUAAUGAACUGAAAUCAAUUUUACAGCUGUGAUUCCUAACCAGAACACCACUUGGUAAGUAACAUGAAAGCCAUGAUUGUAGCUUAGAGCAAAAGCAGCUGUAUUGCCAAUGUCUUUGCUCUAAUUUUAGACAGUUGGAGGAAAAGUAAAGUGCAAGUGUUGCACUGCAAUAAGUGCAAAGACUGCCCCCACCAUAAAGAUACGAUGACAAAAUAUGUUUAAGAUACGUGGCUGAGGAUACAGGACACAAAGUUAAAAAAUACAAGGGUGUCGACUGUUAAUAGCACCAUUGCAGUGACUAUAUCCCAAUGCUAUUAACUAACUUUAUCUCGGCCCGGGCUGGUCUCCAUUGGAAAUAAUGGACUAGUGCUGCCACCUGGUGCAAAAACUCAGCAUGCCGCCAGCAACUGCAGCAGGUGGCUCUUCUCGCUGGGACAGCGACACCGUCCACCUGCCGCAUGUUCUGUAGUCUCUUGGCACUGGCCAGCCUGACAGGGCCUGUGUUUGGCACAGAUGCUGGGCCGUGUGGUAGGUGCUCGUGAAAGCCCGACUCCCAGCUUCUGCUUCUUUCCAUCAUGUAUACAUACGGAUUAAUAAGCAGUAAGGAGCCAAUGUAUAAACAGCAGUUACAUGUCUUUAAAUUCCCCUUCGUACAAUUUAAAAUAAACAUGUAUACACUUUG